AUGGAAGAGAUUGGUGAAGCUUCGGGGCUGUGCAAGAGUUUGAGCCUGUGGUUGAUCUUCGGGACUGAUUGCGGCAGCUAUGUGAAGAGGAGUGGUUUCGGGGUUAUGGCGGGCCAUCAAUUGAUUUUAGAUGGUGAUCAGCGACUGAGGGGACUAUUGUCGAGAAGUGCAGCAACAAGGAAAGGGAUCAACGGUUGUGAGAGAGUUAGUCUUUGGCUUGGUGGUGGAGCAACCUAUGGUGCUGUAGGUUAUUGUGGUGAUGAUUGGCUGAUGGUUAGCAUCGGGUUGUGA